CGCGAAUCAGUAACUGGGGCGCGUCCAUCAAAAUAGAAACAACAACAGAAGACACCAGCAACGCCUUGUAUGCCCUCAACUGUGCCGGGUUACAUUUCAAGAAAGGGAGCUUCUCAAUAAUUUCAUCUGGAUCCAUUGUGGACUCUUGAUUCAUUCUAUCUACUGUCUCAAGAAAGCACCACUGAGACCUAUCUUUACACACCCAAGCCAUGGGACUCCUCGAUUUUUUGGCCCUUGGGACUGGUGCAGCGUCUGAAAAUAUUCCGACUUUUCGUCGGGGCUCUGGCCGAGACGCCGUCGAUCUACAAGUGCGCUCUUUGCUCUAUCUUUUCAAAAGACUACGUGUGAAUCGCCUAGCUUCGUUUUCUCUGGGAGAAACACUCAAGUACACCGACGGAAAACUGUGGGACCAGCUGCUGAUUUCUCACGAGGCCGAAAUCAAGAAACUAGAUAAAGCGUAUAACUUGAGCGGAUUCCAGAAAGUCCUAGUCGAGGACGAGCACCGGGUCUUGAUCGACUGGCCGAAAAACAAGUUUCGGGCCCUAUGUAUUCUUUCGGAAUACCCCGCCAUGUCGCUGAAUUCUUCAAACGCCGCUUUUGAAGAAAACGCUUUGCCCGUUUUCCUGGACUACAAGGAGCGGUCCACUCACAGCUUUGCAUUCUCUAUUUUGCCGGUCAAAACCAGUACUUCCACGCGUGAUUUGGCAUUGGACCUUGCCCAGUCUUUGUUAUACUACGAGCAUCACUCCUAUGUUUCCCUCAUGUCCAGACUCCAAACUGCAGAGAAGGCAAUCGCCAAGUUUUGUGGUGCAGAUAUCAAGAUGGUCGAGUUGAGUGAGGCAACGAAGGCCGACAUUGUGCAUGAAUACUUGAAGCAGUUGGCCUUUCUUGUGCAGCUAGUUCGAAUCUACCAGCAGUAUGUCAACCCAAAAGACUCCGAAACGCCUCUGAGCUCUCCAAAAAAAGCCGCAGUCGCCGACCAGCCUCGUGCCUUACGCCCCGCAAAAUCCUUUCUGCAGCUUCCAAAUGCAGCCAGCUCUCCCCUGAGACCUUCACUAAGCCCCAAGAAAUCGAUGGCCAGCUUGAGCGGCAGUCCCAAAAAGCUGAUGGGGGAUAUCAGUUCCGGAAAUCCCGACGUGAGCCCUCGCAAACAGCUUCAGGCGCGGCCCUCGAUCUCAAGUUUCAGGGCCAACGAAAUAUACAAUCCCGUGACCUCCCCGCCCAUUUCAUGCACCAACUCUGAGAAUAAACGCAUGGGCUCGGGUGUGUUGCUGAGCCACCUGUCUGAGUCCGGGCGAGAAACCACCGAGUUGUGGGAGAAGUGCAAAGCAUCAAUACGCGAGAAGCUAGCGAAGGAAAAAGAGCAGCUUGGUAAAGCAUAGACCUGGAGUGCAGGUGUAUGGGCCGACGCGCUUUUCCUUCUCUACAUAUGGCAAUGGAAGAUGGUUUUUCCCUCUUCAGUAAUUCAACGCGGACUCACUCACGAGGUGGAUUCGCAUCUCGCG